AUGGCAUACUUUAAUUCCUACUUCUCCAGCUGUGUGCUGCUGCUGUUGGUGACCUUGAGCUGGCGCACAUCCACAGGAGCCCCAGUGACUACUCCGAUGGCAGCAGAGAAGUGCGGAGGAGACUGCUGUCUGCGCUUCAAGGAGCUCCUGCUGAAUAUCACAGAGCUUCUCAGCAGCGAUGUUUUGUGGCAUGGCAUCAACUCUGAUCAAAUGGCUAUCAGAGAGGUGAGGAGUGCUGAGACCCCACUGGCCUGCGCACCCACUCUGACUCAGAAUUGCAUGGAAAGAAAUUCACCUUUCAAUGAGAGUGAAUGUCUGAGUAACAUCAUGAAGGACAUUGCCCACUUUGGUGCUGCUAUUCAGUCCUACCUCGAGUCCCCACUCAGACUUCCUGAGGAGGAAAAUAAACUUCUGAGUCCAAUUCUGGAAAUAAUACAGUUCCUGAAGAAUUGCUCCCUGAUGCCGAAAGGAGAGAACGACUCUUCAGAGGAGAAUACUGCCCAGAUGUGGGGAAAUAACUCCUACGAUAACAGGCUGGAGAUGCAUAAGAUGAUGAGGGGCUUCUACGUCCGAACCAUCACCAUCAACCGAGCUAUGGGCUACAUCUAUCAAUAAACGUCCUGCGAUCUCAUCACCACCAUUACCAACCAAUACCACAAUAUCUCUACUCCCUUAAUUCAUCACAACUGAUCAAGCUUUCCUGAUCAUUCACUACCAUCAUUUACAUCUACCGACCAAGUAGUUCUGUACACUGCACAUGCUGCACAAUACUAUUUAUUUGAAAUCUAUUUAUUACAUUUAUUUAU